AUGGGCUAUGCACCUGACGUUCUGGCGGGAAUCCGCGAGCUGGAGGUUGCGGCGCGGCGUGAUAAGGCGCUCCUGCAGGGGGGGGACGGUUCGUCGUUGCAGGGCCUGGGUGGAAAGGAUGGCGGGAAGGACAUGGCGCUCGUCGUGGGCCAGGGAACGCGACUGCUGAUAAACCUGAACAAAGGCAAGAAGAUGGUCGACCCGAGCAAGGCACUCGUAGGGCCCGAUGCUGGGGACGUGAAGCCAGCAGGCGUUGCCAGUGGCGUUGCGGACUUCGACCCUGAAGCAGCGGCGUUCAGCUAUGGCGGGAAAGGCAGGCUGAUCAUGUCGAAGCGCGCUGUUCAAAAGCGGGUCGUCGGCUUCGACGAGGCGGCGGAGCGCUCAUAUGGCGCCGCCGUGCUGAAGCAGACGGAGCAGGAACAGCGCGACGCAGAGCGCGAAGCGCUGGAAGCAAAGAAGCUCUCAGAGCACCGCGUCAAGCUUGAACGGCGCGCGCACGAUCUGCAGGCCAAGAGCGACGCCGCGCGGCGGGCGUACCACCAGGAGCUGCGUGCUGCCGUUGCAGAGACUGAGCAGAAGAAGUAUGCUGCAGUUGCGGCGAGGAUCGGCCAAGUGCGAUCCUCGCAGCAGAAGAUGGCCCCGGCGGUCGCGCCAGGUGAUGAAAAUCUCACGGCGGGGGCGGCCGGCGCUGGUUUGCCAGGGCAGCGUGACGAGGGGAAGGAAGCAACGGAGAAGCGGUUGAAGGAGAAGCUGUACCGCAUCGAGCUGGCGAAGCAAAUCCAGGCCAACCGUGAGGAGAAGGCGAGAGCGAAUCUAGAUCGGGUUCGAGGCGAGAGGGCAGCACUUGCAGAGAUGGAGGCGAUGCAAGUUGGAUCCGUGCUUGAUGCCAGGCGUGCCAAGGUUGAGCAGCAGCAGGCUGUGGAUGCUAUGCUCACCGUUGCAGGGCUGGGCAAGGGGCGCACGCAUGAGGGCCUGUAA